AUGAAUGAAUACCUAGUUGAGAAGAACACCAAAAAGACCCGAUACAAUUGCAAUUCGGCUCUUCCAACAAGCUGCCGUCCCAAUGUUUCAUAUUAUAAUCCCGCUCAGUUUAACGGGGAGCAAGGAAUGACGCAAAUCCCGUCUGCUGAUGUGGAUGAAAUCAUCGAACGCCGAUUCCCAGACCUAGAGGAAAUGCUGCGUAUAUCACCACCGAUCCUGGCCAACCACAUCCAGGAAGUUGCUCAACAACUGCAGAUUGAGACUGACAGAAUCGAUCUGAUCACUUUGUGGGGAUGUCAUGCAGCUAUUGUAGCAGAGCUGCGCCGUCUGCACCCGGGUCUCUAUAUGGUUGUAAAUGUUGAUGCACUAUGGCAUGCAUGA